AUGGCUACGGGCAGUCGGUGUGCAGCAUGCAGGCAAUUGAGAAAGAGAUGCACUUCAGAUUGCAUAUUUUUGCCAUAUUUUCCUCCCAACGAUCCUCAAAGAUUUGCUGUUGUUCACAAAAUCUUUGGUGCCAACAAUGCCAGCAAAAUGCUAAAGCAAGUAGAAGAGUAUAAACGAGGUGAUGUUGCGGAAUCCUUGUACUACGAGGCACAAUGUCGAGUAGAGGAUCCGGUAUACGGCUGUGUUGGAAUCAUCACACUUUUACAACAGGAAAUUUACAAUUUUGAAUCGCAAUUGGCGAAAAUUGAAGCACAGAUUCAACUGCUCAAGGCUCAAGGAGUAGCAACACCAAGCCAUUGA